CCGGAAGCAACUUCCGGUUGGCGACACUAAGGAGCAGAGUGCGGGCGGAAAUGCCCCGGGCCCACUUCCGGUGGUGGCCAUGGUGACGGCGGCGGCGGCGGCCAGGAAGACAGUUCAGAAGGGAAAGCUCAUGGAUUUCACAAGCACUGUCAUCAUCCCGCUGCUUUUUGGCAGCCUGGGGAUCUUCGCGCUGUUCCGGCUGCUGCAGUGGAUGCGGAUGCGAGCCUACCUGCAGGACGCUGUGGUGGUGAUCACAGGGGCCACCUCUGGCCUGGGGAAAGAAUGUGCCAAAGCUUUCCAUGCAGCUGGCUCCAAGCUGGUGCUCUGUGGCAGAGACAGUGAGAAGCUGAAGGAACUGGUGCAGGAGCUCUGUGCUGUGAAGAAUCACCGCAAGAACACACACGAACCUCACACUGUGGUGUUUGACCUCUCGGACACCAAAGCUGUGGUAAAUGCUGCUGAGGAGAUCCUGAAGGCCUUGGGGCACGUGGACAUCCUGAUCAACAACGCUGGCAUCAGCUUCCGAGGCACCAUCGUGGACACAGAACUGCACGUGGAUAAGAAAGUGAUGGAAACAAAUUACUUUGGACCUGUAGCCCUCACCAAAGCACUUCUCCCCUCCAUGAUCAAGAGGAGACAAGGCCACAUUGUGGCCAUCAGCAGCGUGCAAGGCAAAAUAAGCAUUCCUUUCAGAUCUGCAUAUGCUGCCUCCAAGCAUGCUACCCAGGCCUUCUUUGACUGUCUGCGAGCAGAGGUGGAGCAGUAUGACAUUGAAGUGACAGUUGUGAGCCCUGGGUACAUCCAGACAAACCUGUCCCUCAACGCUGUCACAGCAGAUGGAUCUCGCUAUGGAGUUAUGGACAAGACCACGGCCGAGGGACAGACGGCCGCCGAGGUGGCUCAGGUGGUUCUCAACGCAGUGGGACAGAAGAAGAAGGAAGUGCUUGUGGCUGGCCUGACCCCCUGCCUGGCUGUCUACCUGAGGAACCUCUGCCCCAGGCUCUUCUUCACCUUAAUGGCAUCCAGAGCAAAAAAGGAGAGAAAAGCAAAGGGCUCUUAGAGCUCGGCUGCCCUGAGCAGGGAGAGGCUGAGGCCCUGCAGUCGGCUGGGACAUCACUGGAGGUGCUCCUGCAGGAAAAUCCUUUCUCAAAAAUCUGUUUACCAUUGCAUGGAGACUGGGAACUGGUUUCCCUUACACUGCUGGAAGAGGAACCUCAGCUGGAGAAGGAAGGGUGCUUGGACAAUGGGGGAGAGCUGAGGCUGCAGGGGAGGGGUCAGGGGAACACUGCAGCCAGGGAGGCCCCUGGCUGGGAGACUCCUCACCUCACUGCAGGCAUGCUCAGCUUUACUGGCCUGCUACAAAUAAAACCCACCUGUUCUGCCUUCACACGAGCAGACCUUGGCUGUCCCCACCCCUGUGAAAUACAGUCCUCAGCUGGGAACUCUUGUGAUCAGUGUCUCAUUCCCACUCCUUCCAAUCUGAUCCAGGACAUGCUGCUUGCAGUGGGAAACUUCACAGCCUCUUCCUGUUAACGUGCCAAGUCAUCUGAUAAAUUAAGCAUAGAACAGUGCUACUUUUAAAGAAGUAACUGAUGUACAAUUUGGGUGUAUUUGGCAUCAUUUUACCUGUCUGAAUCAUGCCCUACUGAUGUACUGGGACUGUUAAUUCUGCAGUGACAGUGCUCUGUGGAUCCCAGCCCAAGGAAUGCAGGGAAGCACUGAACGGGUAGAACAGCACAGCAAGGCAAGGACGCACUGCACAGGUGACAGCAGCACACCUGGGCCACCUGCAGCUCAGAGCAGGUGUGACCCUCUGGAUGCCAGGCACUCCCUGGUGCUAGAGAAGAAUCCAUGUGUGUAAAGUGCAGAGUGUAGCAGACAGACCCUUUGUUCUCAUCUGCUUUAAAGCAAUCACAGAUGCUAAUUAGGAUCACAUCCUGUGGGGAAUGUUACCUGCCUGUUCAGGAAUCUCCUUAGGGAGCCUGACAGCCUGAAGGGUGCCAUGUUCCAUUCCUCACCCCUUCUCCUCAUGUGAGGGAUACCAGCACCACUAGGAAAAAGGAACUGCUGCACAGAUAUAGGAGAGAAAUAAUCUUAAAAUUGAAAUAAACUCUAUUAGUAGGAACCAAGGUUCAGACCUCUGCCACCUCCAAGCACUUGCUAGCAUUUUCCACGUGUCCUGCCUCACUUGUCCUGCCUGGAGUGCACAUCUGAUGACAAAUAAAUUACAUUGCUAUGAAAUUAA